AUGGGCAACUCAGGGUUUCUGCCAAUACCGGUGCCCAUGGCUGAACCUGACACACCACAACCAACACCUUUUCCGAUACGUAUAGUCACAGAACCGCCACCUCCCGUGGAUCUUAUUGGUCUACCUCCUCUAGAUACAUCCAAGAAGAACGAUUUCUUCUACGAAGCAUGGGACCGCUUUCUGGCUCUUGAGCCGAAACGGGCUAAGAAGACCUCAGCCCUUGCGAAGAAGAUUGUGGAAGAGAAACGAGGCAUCGAGCAGAAGUCUGGCGAGGGCUUGGCGAUCAAGCAGAAUGCCGCUACCUCUUGGGAAGAAGCCGCAGAUGAUUGCAGAGCCAAAGUUGCUGCAAUAGUAGACGAGUGCGAACGUCUCAACAGGAAAUAUGUAGACCACGCCUUCGAUCUUGAAGGUGGCCCGUAUUGCCUGGUCAACCUGGAAGGCCAGUUUCCCAAGGCCAUUGGGAAGAUCGACCCACCGAAAUGGAUCAAGCGAAUCGAGGAUGUCUUCGAGAAGCCACAAUUCUUCAUUGACGGGGCAAAUGCUACAGACGUGCAUCAGGGCAGUGCUGGAGAUUGCUGGUUCUUGGCAGCUCUGAUGGCGAUUAGUGCAAAGAAAGAGCUGAUCGAGAACCUCUGCAUUGCUAGAAAUGAAAAGAUUGGCGUAUAUGGUUUCGUCUUCUACCGGGAUGGCGAGUGGAUUUCCGAGGUUAUCGAUGACAAGCUGUAUCUCAACGUUGGAGAUGACGACAAACUCAGCAUUGUCCGAGACUGGAGCAGAAGCAAGAAAGAGGGAAGAUAUGUCUACUAUGAGGAAGAUAAGCUCAAAGAGCUGCUACAGCGUGGUGGCGAGGCACUUUUCUUCUCGCACUGCAAGUCAAAUGAGACUUGGCUGCCGUUGAUCGAGAAGGCCUAUGCCAAAGCACACGGAGAUUAUUUCUCGAUCGAGGGUGGCUAUGCUAGUGAAGGUAUAGAAGAUUUGACAGGUGGUGUCGGGGUGGUCAUAAAUCCAGAGGACAUUAUGGACAAAGACCGGUUUUGGAAAGAUCAACUGAGUCAAGUCAAUGAGAAGUAUCUCUUCGGAGGUGGUUCGAAAGCUAAGGGAAGCAAAGGUGUGAUUGGAGGACAUGCGUACGCAGUCAUGAAAGCAUAUGAGGAAGGCGAUCUGAGGCUGUUGAAGCUCCGCAAUCCGUGGGGUGACACCGAAUGGGAAGGCGACUGGAGCGAUGGCAGCAAGCUCUGGACCGCAGAAAUGAUGACCAAGCUCGGGCAUACUUUUGGCGACGAUGGUGUCUUCUGGAUGAGCUACACAGACUUCCUCAAGCACUUCCCCAAUAUCAAUCGGGUCAGGCUCUUUGACAAGAGCUGGCAGGUAUCGCAGCAAUGGACUUGCGUCAAGGUGCCUUGGACAGUAGACUACCUGGACACGAAGUUCGAGUUCACCAUCACUGAGAAAGGCCCUGUUGUCAUCGCAUUAUGCCAGCCAGACGACCGAUACUUCAAAGGCCUAGAUGGUCGCUUUUGGUACUCGUUACACUUCCGCGUCUACAAGAACGGCGAGGAAGAGGGUCGAUGGAUCGUGCGAAGCAUGCACAACAGUGGCUCUGCGUCCGAGAUCACGCGAUCAGUAUCUGCCGAGAUCGAGAACCUCGACAGAGGGACGUAUAGCGUUGUCUUCAAGGUUAGCGCAACACGAUGGACCGGCUCAAUGACAGCAGAAACGAACAUCAACCUGUUUGCUGCGGAUCGGAAAGAGAAGCUACUGAACGUUGGUAGACGAUUCGACUACGCACAAGCUAAGGGCAAUCUGCGGGCUGCAGAAGACGCUGUCAGGCGCCAGCAAAGACGUGAUACGACGGCGGAGAGCAACGAUGCGCUGAAGAAAGCCAGGAGGCUCAAAAAACAAGAGAACGAGCGGGAGCGGCUACGGAAAGAGCGUCUCGAUAAAGUGACGAAGCAGAGGAAGAGAGAGUACGAAGGGGCUGUUCGGGAGCGAGCUAAGACGAAGAAAGAGGUCAAGAAAGCCAGAGAAGCUGCUAAGAAAGCCCCGAAGGGCAAGAAGGUAGAGAGAGAGCCUAUCAUCGUUGUGGAAGUGAAGGGAAGCGAGGCGAGUUCGACGGCGGUCAACACUCCCGCAUCGUCGACAGAUGACAAUGCCGCCAAGUCUGACGAGACAAUAUCUUCCGCUGAAAACAGCAAUUCGGAUGCUGUCACGGAGAUCGCCACCAAGAAGGAUAUCGCACCCGAGCAUGUUGAGAAUAAGAAGGUAGAAAGCGUUGCAGAUGUCCUAGCAAAGAUCCAGAUUACGACUCCAAGCAAAGCGGCAUCGGAAGACAACGAGCAAAAUGACGGAGAGGAAAGCGACGAGCCUUACGAGACUCCUCUAGAUGAGCCACAAGAAGUCACUAACGACGACUUCGAGUGGGACUCCGAUAUAGAUGCGCCUGUCGUCGAGGACUCGGACGAAGAUGAGACGCAGCAACAGCAGAACGAUACCAUUUUCGGAACAGACCCAUGGAAUGCAUUAUGCGUUCUUGGUUUGCGCGUGUACUCGCAGAACUCCGAAGCGAAGAUUCGCGUUGUCAAAGGUAACGAGACCGCGUGA